UUUCCCCCAAGCGGCCACGCCCGAACGCCUGGCCGGUGCGUCCCUAACCUCACCAAGCGUCAACCGCUAGCAGCCCGUCAAGACAAUGUUGAACUGGGGCCGCAGGGCGCUCACUGUGUGUAAAAGGGCGAGUGGGGGGACGCGGCAGUGCAGCCAGGCCGGCGGGGCCCCCGAUGCGGGCGAAGCCCCCCCACGGCCGCAGCCCCCGGGCGUUUUAGGGCUGGCCGCGUUCACCAAGGGGGACCCCGAGCUGGAGCACAAGCUGAAGGUGAUCAUGCUGGAGACGGAAGUGAUGCGGCAGGAGGGGCAGCUGGUGCCGCCCCAGGAGUUCAUGAGCCCCCCGAUCUGGGGCAACCUGCUCAAGUUGGGGUCGCGGAGCGGCCGGCGGAAGUAUUUGGAGUACCUGUUUAAGACGGCCAAGGCCAAGGAACACCAGCAGGAGAAAAAGGAGGCGCGGCGCCAGCAGUUUGAGGAGGCCAAGGCGGCGAUGGGCCCCCGAGAAGUGCUGGGCAUGGAGGAGCACGCGCAGACCUACGGGCUGGCGGCCAACAACAUUUUCCUGCGCUUCUACGACACCAGCAUCAACCACUUCUACAACGGGCGCCUGGCGAAGGCCUGCGACUUCGGCCAGAAGCUGGUGCUGGACUGCGGCUUCGACCGCCACAUGAGCCGGCGCGAGAACCAAAACGCCGCCAAACAGCUCAUGAUGCUCUUCUCCGACAACCGCUUCCAUAAGGACCCCUUCGACAUCCACUACACCAGCCUGCGGCCGGAGAGCGAGCUGACGCAGAUGCUGCAGAAAAUCAUCCCCACCAUGUACGAGCCGGCCUUCCCCAUGAACGUGCACGAGGGGAGCUACCUGGAGGUGUUCCCCAAGGGGCGGCUGGUCUACCUCACCCCCCACUGCCGCGAGGAGAUGGAGCGCUUCGACCACGACGCCAUCUACAUCAUUGGGGGCAUAGUGGACAAGCUGAACAACGAGCCGCUGUCGCUGGCCAAGGCGAAGCGCGAGGGGCUGCAGAUGCGCAAGUUCCCGCUCGACCGCUACCUGCAGUGGGGCGGCGGCUCGGGCAAGAGCCUCACCCUCAACCAAUGCGUAAGGAUUCUGCUGGACCUGAAGGAGAGCGGCGAUUGGAGGCACGCGCUGCGCCACGUGCCCAGGCGGAAGCUGACGGAGGCGCAGCCUCCGCGCGCCCGCCUCGCCUGGAGGCCGCAGGCCCGCAGCCCCCCAAGCCUGCACCAUCGGUAGUUUAGGCGUGAGGCAAUCGACUUCUUAUGUGACUUGUUUUUUUACCAACUUCUUUUUGGGCACUUCGCCUCAUUUCAGAUUGUAGUGUUAGUAGAGAAAUUAAUUUUUAUUCGAAUCAAUCAAACA